ACCCCUUCAAUCCUAGUCGAAGGAAGAACUAGAUCAGAUUGAGAGAAGCACAAGAAAAGUGAAGAAUAAUCUUGAUUCUAAUUCCUCUGAACUCUCCAGUCCUAUGGACACCGAAAUCCAUAUCUCUCAAGUUAGUGAAACUCCAAAUACGCAAGUGGAUACUGACAUGGAAACCCACCCCUCUGCCAAGGUCGCUUCAGACCAGGGAUUGCCACACGCUAAAACUACUGAAAUCUCUUUCAAAGCUGCCUUGGUGCAAUCUAAAGCACUGACUAAGGAUGAUAUUGAAAAAAGAAUUGCUGAAUUUGGGGAAAGUGACGAUGAAGACGAGGAAAUGGAGGAGAGUGAUCCUCCCCCCACCAAAUCCAAAAUCAAAAUCACCUUCUCAAAAGAACGACUCAAGCGGAGCAGAGCUCAGUGGAGAGGCUGCCUAAUCAUAAAAUUGUUGGGGAAAAAUCUAGGAUUCAAAACCCUUAUGGAUAGAAUUCACCGACUCUGGAAUUUGGAGGGAACAAUUGUUCCGAUCGAUGUAGGACUGGGUUUCUACAUCAUUCGUUUCGAAACAAAAACAGACUACCACAGAGUUUACACGGGUGGUCCUUCGAUCAUCCAAGACCAUUAUCUCACUGUAAGGAAAUGGCACAGCAACUUCAAGGCAGAUAUGGCAGAAGCCAUUAAAACGGCUGUUUGGGUUAGGGUUCCACUCCUACCCAUGGAAUUUUAUGAAGAGGACAACAUCAAUGAGAUUGCUGAAAAGCUGGGAAAACCAUUGAAAGUGGACAACAAAACUAUGGUCUCGGUUCGGGGUAGCUAUGCCCGGAUCUGCGUUGAGAUGGAUUUGAGCCAGCCGCUUCCACCAUCGAUUGCAGUAGAGAAAUAUGAUUAUUAUCUUGAAUAUGAACAUUUACAUCUUAUUUGUUUCUCUUGUGGUAGGGUGGGUCAUCGACGGGAGACCUGUGGAGCGUUACCGGCGACGGAGAUGACUGGUGGUGUUGCAGAGCCUACCGUUGACAAUCACAUCAGGGCUGACAACAAACCAGUCCGUUUUAACGGACAAAUUGCUCAGGAGGAUCCAAAAGAAAUUGGGUAUGGGGAUUGGAUGGUUGUCUCUAGACGGCCUAGAAAACUAAAUAGCCCAAAUGGGCCGAGAAACCCAGAAGCCCAAGCACAAAACCACCCCAAUGCCAGGAAUACAAAGCCUAUGGGACAGCCUCGAGUAGGCCAAAGAUAUCAAAAUUCAGAGCCCAACCAACAAAAACAAUACAAGGAUAAAGGCCUAGCAUUACAACAACCUGCUACUAGUAAACCAAACAAGCCUAAUCACAUUGAACAAAUUCCUAGUGGUUCCAGAUUUAGCCCAUUGGUUGGGCAAGCCUCUACAUCUAGCCUAGUUCCUACCUCGGAUCAGCCUACUCCAGUUUUAAUUCCCAUCCCCAAAAAGGUUACUCCCAAGAACGCCAAACCUAAACAGCCAAACCCUAACAUCACUAUCAACCUGCCCUUUACAACCCCUAGCCCCACUCUCAUCCCCACCACCAAGCCGCUACCCAAUCAACAUACUUAAACAUCUAAACCACCGGAUUUGGCAGCCAUCACCACGGUAACUUACCAUGAAUUUGCCAGGAAUGCAGAAGCUGCUGCUCAGGGACGACAAGGAGAGGGUGGUACUCAAUGCAAAGACAGAAGCUCUUCUCCACAUCGCGACCGUAUGGUGGGCGGAAGGAACAAGCAUGAAGAUAAAGAUAAACGAGGCUAUCGGAGGAGGUCAGUAUCGGUACCACGUGAAGCUCCAUCCCUUGUGGAAACCACCAGCAUACCGCAUGAGGAUUCUUAGGCUUCUAGACCUUGGUAACGGAUUUUCUUUGGACGAUAAUUUCUUAAUGCCCAGUUUCAAUAUUUUGCUCUGGAAUUGUAGAGGUGCAGGUAAUGACAACUUUAAGCGUCAUUUUUCUGAGCUUGUCCGAAUGCAUAAGCCUGAGAUCGUGGGCCUCCUUGAAACAAAAAUUACUUUCAAGAAAAUGGGGCUCUUUUUCAAAAAUUUGGGUUUCUUCGGUUCGGCUUAUGUGGACCCUAAUGGUAGAGCUGGAGGAAUUUGGCUUGUAUGGGAUACCUCCAAGGUAUCCAUAAACAUUACCCAUGCCUCCUCUCAAGCUAUCCAUUCUGAGAUCACGAAGGAUGGCUUUGAGGAUUGGGUUCUUACUACUGCUUAUGCCAGCCCUAACCCCAGAAAUAGAGAAAUUAUGUGGGAAGAUAUGGAAGUCCAAGCCCAUAGCAACAAUAAACCUUGGCUGGUGGCGGGCGAUCUAAACGACACAUUAAAUUCUUCUGAAGGUCGUAGCUAUUCAGUGGAUACUAACUCUAGCCAAAGACGAAGGUUUGCCGACCUUGUCAAUAACUGCAACCUGGUAGACUUGGGAUUCUCAGGCCCCAAGUUCACCUAGAACAAUGGGAGAAAAGGUAUGGCAAAUGUCCAAAAACGUCUUGACCGUGCUCUCUGUAAUGAGGAAUGGCGAAAUCUUUUUCCAGAAGGACAUCUAAAGUUGAACACGGAUGGCUGCUUCUAUGAGUCCACCAAUACGGCUGGCUUUGGAGGAGUGAUAAGAGAUAGCUCGGGGAACUGGAUCCUAGGUUAUUAUGGCAAAGCAACCUGCACAAGCAGCUUGGAA